AUGAACGCGACCGUCGUCUCGCUGCCUCUGCCCACCCUCCCCGAGGGCUGGGCAGCCGAAAAGGACUUCAAGGCCAUCGGCAAGCUGACCCAAGAGGGCUCGUCGAUGCGCACCCUUGAGCCCGUCGGCCCACACUUCCUCGCGCACGCCCGCCGCGUCCGUCACAAGCGUACCUUCUCCGAGGAUGACCGGAUACAAGCGCAGGCAAAGGCAAAGAAGAUCGAGCAGGACAGCGACAGUGACAUCAGCGAGGAAGAGGACCCCAUGCUGCUGGCCCGCGACGCCAAGGACUGGAAAACCCAGGAUCACUACAAGGUACUCGGCCUAUCCAAAUACCGUUGGCGUGCCACCGAGGAUCAGAUCAAGCGCGCCCACCGCAAGAAGGUGCUUAAGCACCAUCCCGAUAAGAAGGCUGCCGCCGGCCGUGCCGAUGACGACAACUUCUUCAAGUGCAUCCAGAAGGCGGCUGAGAUCCUGCUGGACCCUGUUAAGCGCCGGCAGUUCGACUCGGUCGACGAGGAGGCCGACAUACCACCGCCGACCAAGAAGCAGCUGGCCAAGGGCAACUACUAUGAGCUGUGGGGCAAGGUGUUUGAGAAUGAGGCGCGCUUCAGCAAGAUCCAGCCAGUGCCGGGCUUCGGCAAUGAGAACUCGACGCGCGAGGAGGUCGAGGCCUUCUACAACUUCUGGUACAACUUUGACAGCUGGCGCUCCUUCGAGUACCUCGACGAGGACGUGCCCGACGACAACGAGAACCGCGACCAAAAGCGCCACAUGGAGCGCAAGAAUGCUAAUGCCCGCAAGAAGAAGAAGGCUGAGGACAACGCCCGUCUGCGCAAGCUCGUUGAGGAGGCCCAGGCUGGCGAUGAGCGCAUCAAGCGCUUCCGCCAGGAGGCCAACGCUGCCAAGAACAAGAAGCGCCUGGAGCGUGAGGCGGCUGAGCGUAAGGCGGCCGAAGAGGCUCGUCUGAAGAAAGAGGCCGAAGAGCGUGCCCGCAAGGAGGCUGAGGAGAAGGCCAAGGCUGAGCGUGAGGCGGCCAAGAAGGCCAAGGAAGCAGCGAAGAAUGCUGUCAAGAAGAACAAGCGUGUGCUGCGUGGUUCCGUCAAGGAGGCCAACUACUUUGUGGAGGGCGAGGCCUCUGCUGCGACGAUCGAUGCCGUGCUCAACGAUGUUGAUCUCGUCAUUACCAAGAUUGAUGCCGAUGAGAUUGCCGCCUUGGCUGGUAAGCUCAACGGUUUGACUGUGGCUGAUGAGAUCAAGAAUGUAUGGAAGGAGGAGGUGUCCCGGUUGGUUGGCGCUGGCAAGCUAAAGGAGGGUGAUAUCAAGGCUCUUGUGGCUUAA